UAUAGCACCAUGGAACUGAAUGACUCGCAUCUUGGAAAGAAGGACUAUUGGGAUAAUAUCUACGUAACAGAGCUUGAUAACUACAAGAAUAACCAGGACGAUGUUGGUGAGAUAUGGUUCGGCGAGAGAACGGAGCAGAAGAUUGUCGACUGGUUGGUGGAUAACGUCGACAGUGACUGCUCUCUUGCUGAUGUCGGAACGGGGAACGGGCACCUUCUCUCCUUGCUGGCUGAGGAGGGAUUUUCUAAUUUAACAGGUAUUGAUUACUCGGCAUCGUCGAUAAAACUAGCAGCAGAAAUCAACUCUGACUAUCCUCACAUAAAGUUUAUCUGUCUUGAUGUGAUCAACUCAACCACUUCUCAUCUCAGACAUGAUGUUUGUGUUGACAAAGGAACUUAUGAUGCCAUCAGUUUGGCGAAUACAUCUGCAGCCGACAGGAUAACUUACAAACAACGUAUUCAUUCCAUGGUGACUCCAGAGACGGGCAUGUUCGUGUUAGCCUCAGUAAACUGGACAGUGGAGGAGUUGUCAGAGUUCUACUCGGACUAUUUUACUCUGGACCAUGUCCUCCCUUGUAAGAAGUUUACCUUCGGUGGUAUAACCGGUCAGGAUGUUAGCAUAGUUAUCUUUAAACCUAAACAAACUGAAUUAUGAGAGAGGUUUUAGAGGUAGUCUAGACAUUUUAGGGGGUCAUAUUUAUUGAAAUAUUAUCUUUAUCUGUAUUAUUUUA